UAGGGGGACCUGGCAACAAUCCUAUCUGAUCCAAAGACUGAAAGUCAAACAGGUGAGUCCACGAUAAGGCCGAAUAAGGCAGGCUACAGGCAGCACUGGAAAGCAUUUGACUCCUAACUCGAGAGAAAAUAAUUGUGGAGGUUCCAGCAUAGCAGGUGCUCCAAAAACGUCAUGGCAGUGACUUUGUGCCAGGUGAUGGGCUUAAUUCUCGGAAUUUUGGGGAUUGGGGGUGUCAUUGCCGCCACUGGAAUGGACCAGUGGAGCACCCAGGACCUCUACGACAACCCUGUAACAGCUGUCUUCAACUACCGGGGCCUCUGGAGAACCUGUGUCACUCAGAGCUCUGGAUUCACAGAAUGCCGACCUUACUUUACCAUCCUCGGGCUGCCAGGUAGUUUCCAAGCCGUGAGAGCCCUGAUGAUCGUGGGAAUCGUCUUGGGUGCAAUUGGAAUCCUCAUUGCCAUUUUUGCUCUCAAGUGCAUUAAGAUGGGGAGCAUGGAAGACACAGCCAAGGCAAAUAUGACCCUGACAUCUGGGAUCAUGUUCAUCCUUGGAGGGAUCUGUGCCAUUGCUGGAGUCUCUGUCUUCGCCAAUCUGAUUGUGACCAACUUUGCAAUAGUCUCUACUGAGGUUGCCUAUGGAUCAUCUCUGCAGCCGAGAUACACAUUCGGGCCCGCCCUCUUCGUGGGCUGGGUGGGAGGAGCUUUGCUGACGGUGGGAGGGAUCAUGAUGUGCCUGGCCUGCAAAGGAAUGGUGCCUGAAAAAUCUCGCUACAAUGCGGUUUCUUACAAAGCUCCCUCUCACAACACUAUCUACAAGUCUGGUCCAGGAUAUGAUGACAAAUCCAGGCAAGGUUAUGAGGAUGGAUACAGGGCACGCAGUGAAGACGGCAGGAGAUCCAAUCCUACUAAGUUUGAUUAUGUGUAAAAACUACGGAAUUUCCAGCCUCUAAUAUCAGACAGGGUAGCUGGUGGAGAUUGUGGGACUUCAGACAGAGGUGGAUUAGUUUCUAAAAACUGCUGCCAGGACCCAUGGUCACUUGAUUAAUUACUUGAUUAAUUGCUGUCUUGAAUUUUCAAUUUUACAUGAACAGAACAUCUCAGCAGACCGACCUUCACUUUGCAAAACACACUGUGUGUGUCGUUUUACACUUUUCAUAACCAGAGCUAUGUGUUGUGACCCCAUUGAUAAAACAAAUUUAGCUAAAUUAGCUCAUCGUUGACAAAGAGCAUGCAAGCUUUUGUAUUUACCCUAACACAUUUUAUUCACAUUUGCACAUGUUCCAUCAUUGUGUUAAGUGUUUACAGGUUAUUAUGCUCUAAUACUGUGUAAUACUGUGCAAACCCAACAGGCAAAUACUGCUGUUUUAUUGAACUAAUUAUUUAAUAUUAUCACCGAAAAAAUAGUUAUUUUUCAGUAUGAGUUAAACAAACUUUCAUGUUGUGGAAUAGUCAUCCACAGCAAUACCCUAUGAGCUUUAAUUUAGAUUUCAUAAAUUGCCCGAAAAGCACAAACAAUUCAGGCCAGGGUGAUUCAGGAUAAAUUCAGAACAGAACAUCAUUACUGGCUUGAAUAAUUGACAAUGGGACAACUGACCUGUAAUAUUAAAGGAACUGGCAGAUGUUUUGGUUAUUUUAGUUAUUCUACAAUAAUUCUGUUCUAUAUUUUUUAAUUGUGUUUUACUAAUUGUCAUUUGUGUAUUUUUUUUAUAAAAUAUCAACUCAUAGCAAAAGCACAGCAGUCUUCUGUGUUGAGUCACUACAUUUAUUUCUUGAAUUAUGUUAAAGCUUUAUUGUGUUGGAUUAGCUAUUAGAUUUGAUUUUGUGUUGUACCAUGCAUGAAUUAAAAUCAUUAUAUGUUUUAAUGUAGAAUGUUAGGUUGCUUAAUUUGUCAUUUGCAAAAUUAAUUUGGUCAUUUAUUGCCCUACCAAUUAAGACUAUACUACAGACUAUUAUUCUUGGAACCAGGUUUUGCCUAGAAAAUUGGACAUUGUGACUUAGAACACAGAAAUGUCUUACAUGUUAGAAAAGACACUGAACUGUAUUGCUUUCAAUAGUCUCAAAACUGCAAUUAUUUUUUGCCACAAAGAAAGUUAACCUUUGACAUCAGUGCUCUAAGUUAUAAAUCAUCUAGAAAUAUACAGUACCUAUGAUAUGAAGGACUGAGACUCACUUUGUUAAUAAGUGGAAAUGGAUAAACAUUUUUCUGGUUUUUGUGUAUUUUUUAUUUUGCUGUUGUUCAUUAAAAUUUUCAAAUAACUUGAGAGUGAUUUUUUUUCUUAAGGCCGAGAAGGAAACCUGAAGACUGACAAACUUUACAUAUUAGAAAUAAAAACAUUUACUGUAAUUAACACCCAACUAAUGCAGAUAAUGAAGGUUAGAUUUGACAUCAAACCCAUCAAAUUACUACUUAAGAGUAAAUUGAUCAUUAAAAAAUCCUGAUGUUCUUAGAGAAGUGGACAGACAUCAUGACACACUCUCCAAAACAGCUAGGAAACUAAAAUUUUAAAAAUCAUAACCCUAGUUAAUUAAAUAUGUAUAAAAACAUAAUCAUCUUCUAUGGAAAAUCAAAUAUCUGACAUGUCUUUGGUGGUUUGAGAGGCUCUGGAAUAAAUUCUUCAGAAUCAAUAAGGUGUAUUUUUUCCUUUUGUCCAGCCAUGGUCUACUCCUGUUAGAGGACAAGCUCUUCUGUUUUUCACACGUUUACUGCUCAGCACCUGCUGCACUAUGUAAAGGGCACAAUAUUAUGUAGCGCUUUUAGAGAUAAGAGCAGCUACUUAAAAGCUUUUGUAAUAACACCUGCACAAGCUUUAGGUAGGUGUGACAGGGAUUUCAAUGGCCUGGCAACUGCUGAUUCUUUAUUGGAAAACUAAACAUCAUGCUGCAUUUCAAAUGAAGAUUCUUAUUGUGCUUUAAUUGGAAAGGGUCUGCAAUUCAUUAAGCCAAGGUUUUGUUGUUAAGUAUGUUUUUGCUUUGAAAUAUGGAACUCAGUCACUGGAUACAUCUUAAAAAUGGGUAUUAAGAAAUAACUUUUAUUUUCAAAUACCCAAUCCUUGGAUUUAACUAUACAAACCUGGUAACUCCCUCCAAAAAAAAAACCCUUAAAAAUAAAUACAUAUAUUUCAAUUAUACAGAGGAAUAUGAGAAAUUCAUCAAAGUAUCCACAGUGAUUAAUUUUGCACAAAAAUGAAUUAACACACACAGAAUAUUGCUUUUUGUCUCUAGAGGUAGAAAUCAGUCAAACUUUUUAACCUGCAUAAUUUGAAUGAAGGUAAUCAUUGUAGCCAUGAUUUUAAAAAACCCAUAAGUAAUUCAUGUCUUCCACUAAAAGAAAAAAAACAUUUUAUCAGAAUUUGCUUUUGAACACUAUGGUAGAGGCACAACAAGAUCUUAAUACAGUAGUAAAUAGGCUGCAAGUGAAGAAACCUGAAUAUCUUUUCCAGCCAGGUAAUGGUUAAGCCUAAUUAUGAGAACAAAAUUCUUUGGUAAUAUGACCAAUAUUUAUAAAACAUCUCAGAUGUUAAAAAGGUUAUCAAAAAAUGAGCAACAUAAGAAUUCAAUAUUUAAAAUAACAAAAACAAUCUGUUUCAUGGCAAUCGGUCAGACAGAUUUUGAUAAUGUUGGACAUAAUAUAAUGUGAAACAAACUGGAGAGCUGUACAAUGAAUUAGUAGGAAAACAGUUUCAGGCAUGGUAUUCGUUGUGCUAAAUUACAUUUAAUGUCACCACUGAUAAUCUUAAAACCUCCCCUUCGUUAUAAAAACCUCUGCUCUGAACAUACGCCUCUUGAACUACGGCCUGUGCGGACUCCUGCGAGUGAAUUUCCCAUGUGUGUGUUGGAGAAGAAUUCCGCUGUGUGUGCGUGCCAGGUUGGAGGUCGCGCUUGCUCCACUUGGCACUGCGGUUCCCAGGACUCA